GGGCCCUCCUUUAGAGCCUCGUUUCUAAGUGGGAUCCACUACUGAUUGAUUAGAAGCUUUCUUUGUUUCCCUUUCCCGUCCGCCGGAUCGGAUACGACAGUCGGUACAUAAACGUGCCUGCAUGUCCCACGUUUUCUUCUCUUUCUUCUGUUUUCGUCAGCGAGCCAAGCUAGCUAGCCCCUGUACUCGUUCUGCUUUUUCUUUGAUAUACCCCACGGAGCAAGCAUACUACACACACAUAAUGUCGCACGUUGCCGACGCCACGAUUGAUCGCGCGAAUCGCGCCGCUCUCAUUGCCGAGAAAGACGCUCCUGUUGCUACUGCUGGAAGUAUGGACGACAAUGCCCCCGAGGAGAUUAAGAACGACAGCCUCGAUUCCGAUAAUUCCUCUACGCAUAUGCAGGAUGGUGUUCGUCGCGCCGAGGCCCUGACUACCGUCUGGGACGAGAAAACCAUGAUUGCCAUGUUUAUCCUACUAUACAUGGUCGUCUUUACAGACAACAUGCUCCAGGCCGUCCAGGGCACGCUCAGCCCCUACAUCACCUCCGACUUUGGCCAGCACUCGCUCCUCAGCGUCACCAACGUCCUCGCCUCGAUUGUCAGCGGUGUAUGUAACCUCGCCAUUGCCAAGGUCAUUGAUAUCUGGGGCCGCGCCGAAGGUUUCGCCGUCAUGAUCAUCUUUGUCACCCUCGCCAUGAUCCUCAAGGCCGCCUGCAAUAGCGUCGAGAUGUACACGGCCGGUAACACCAUUUACUGGACCGGCCACACGGGUAUUCUCUACAUUGUCACCAUCAUGACUGCCGACAUGACCACUGUGAAAAACCGUCUCAUUAUGCUCGGCAUCCAGGGCACCACUGUCAUCGCCUCCAACUUGGGCGGUCCUCAGAUUGCCACGCUCUUUUACGACCAUGCAAACUUCCGCUGGGCUUUUGGCGCGUUCCUCAUCAUCGAGAUCUUCUUUGCUGUCCCCGUUCUGAUCAUCUUCAUCCUCAGCAAGCGCAAGGCCAUCAGGCUCGGCAAGUAUCCUCCCCGUGAGCCUACUGGCGCCACAUCAAUCUUUGGCGCCAUCUACCACUACUGUGUCGAGUUCGAUGUUGUUGGUAUGCUUUUGACCAUCUUCGGCUUCUCGCUGUUCCUCCUCCCCUUCAGCAUCCAGCAGUAUGCCCCCAACGGCUGGAAGACGGGCUACAUCAUUGCCAUGAUUAUUCUUGGUCUCGUUUGCCUCGCUGGAUUCGCCAUUUGGGAAAAGUACUUUGCGCCUGUACGCUACAUGCCGUGGCGCUACCUCAAGAACCGCACCAUUCUGCUGUCUUGUCUUCUUUCCGGCAUCAUGUUCCUCUCCAUCUUCGUCUGGGACACCUACUACUACUCCUACCUCAUUGUUGUCAACGACCUCAGCAUGUCCAACGCUAGUUACGUCCUCAACUCAUUUUCCGUCAUGAGUGCCUUUGUCGGUCCAUUCGUUGGGCUCAUUGUUCGAUACACCAACUCAUACAAGUGGGUUUCCAUUGGCGCUUUCCCCUUUGCCAUUCUUGGUACCGCUCUUCUCAUCAUCUUCCGCCACCCCGGCACCAAUGCUGGUUACCUCGUCAUGUGCCAGCUGUUCAACGGUGUAUCCAGCGGUAUCUGGUCGUUGACGGCACAGAUUGCCAUCAUGGCCAGCGUCUCUCAUCAAGAGGUGGCUGUCGCCAUUGCCCUCUUCAAUCUCUUCAGCUCCGUUGGCGCUGCCAUCUCCCAAGCCAUUGCUGGCGCCAUGUGGUCCAAUAUGCUGCCCGACCAGCUCCGACAGAGGUUGCCUGCCGAAGUGCUUCCUCGUCUUGACGAGAUUUACGGCGACAUCACAAUCCAGACGAGCUGGCCGAUUGGUGACCCCGUCCGAGAUGCCAUUAUCGAUGCCUACGGCUAUGUGAUGCGCCUCAUGGUUAUUAUCGGCUCUGCUUUCCUCCCUCUCUGCUUGCUCUGCGUUCUUCUCUGGAAAAACAUUGACCUCAAGAGCCUUAAGCAGACCGUUGGCAAUGUCUUUUAAAUGUAGUAGAAACGAAAAAUGGUGCGAGCUCGUGUUUGGAACAUGUUCAACGCUAGUGUAUUCAGAUAUAUAAAAGACUAAUGGUAUAUUAUUUCCUUUCGAAUUAUAUGCUGCUGGUAUUUCCCGCAUGUAUACAAAAUAUUCAAGGCUUUCGUGUAUAAUCGUAAACUGGGACUGUCCAUCCCGUCUCCCCUGGUAUUUCAUCUCCCAUUGACUCUCUUACAGCAAAGCGACAGCAGCUGCAAUGCCGACAAUAGGAGCGAGGUAGACGCCGUUGGCAGCGGCAGCGGCGGUGGCAGGGGCGCUGGUAGCAGCACCUCCGCUUCCGCUCUGAGUUCCAGAGGCACCGCCGGUUUGCGAAGCAGAGCCGCCAGUCUGAGAACCAGUUGCGCCAGUGUUAGUGGUCGUGUUGCCAGAGCCGCCAGUGGCAGACGAGCUCAUUACAGUGGCCAUGGUGGUAUCGCUACCGGCGGGCAGGCUGCAAGCUGCACCAGUGCUGCUGGCAGCGGCAGACAUGGUGUCGGAACCCAUGGCAGCAGAGGAAGAGUCGGCUGCGCCAGUGGUGACGGUGACAGUGGCCGUAGGGGCAGCAGAGGUAGUCUCCUGCAGAGCUGAGCUGAGCUGAGAAGCGAGGUUGCUAACAAGCGAGGAGUUGAUGGCAAAGGCGCCAUUGGCAAGGGCAAGGCCGACGACUGCGGUGUUGAACUUCAUGUUGAUUGAUGGUGGUUGGUUUUGUAGUAGAAGAAAAAGGGUAUUAGUGUUGAGCGAGCGAAGUCCUUGUGAGAGUGAGUGACUGUGUAAUGAUUCUAUAGUAGGAGAUAUCUGCCCAUUUGGAGGCGGACGACCGGUUGCCUUUUAUGGCCAGGCCGACCAGCCGUGUCGUCGUCAUGAUCGGCAUCUCGUCCGGGCUCCCUCUGGUGUUGUUUCGAUGGGCAGCCAGAAGCCUGCGCCACUUGGUCGACCUUGGUAGUGACGCCACAAGCCUGCAGCGCUAGACUAGCUGGCAAAAAGCAGGAAAUAUGCAUGCCAUCGCUGGCUGGAUAAACAGGAUAUGGAAGAAUGAGGCUUGAGCAUCAAUUGUGGCUGGGUGCUGUGCUACCUACAACCUCCAAGUCAAAGAGCCACUGACAGGAGAAAGUCAAGCCAGCUGAAUGAGAGCCUUCCCGGCCGGAUGAAGUGUGCAAAGGUCUCCUGUAGGCCUCGGCGGGUGUUUGUUCCACUUGGCGCUGGGAAAUGUGAGACUCUAUAGGCGGCUAUAAGGAACAAACACCACUGUUUGCUUUACCCGGCCAAGGUUACCGACAAGCGUAUCCUUACACGCCUAAACGAUAUGCUGGGCACUUACAGCCAGCUCAGAGAAGCACGCGCGCAACGGCGGAGAGCCAAUUCAUCACGAUCUCUCAUGCUGCCAAGGAAAUUCCAAUCUGCGAUCUUCGCGAGGGCGGCCACUUCGAGAAUCCAAGGAAGCGGGGAUCUUCCUCUCUCUCUUGCUCUAUACCGCCUUCUUUACUCAUCAGGCCUCUGCAGAGUAGAAGCAAGGCAGUGCUGUGCAUCUAUCUGCAUAGCCAUGCUUUGCAGUAAAUGUUGGUUCCCAUUACGCAACGGCCCGCCUAGAGUCUGGAGCUUGAGUCGGUCAUUUAUCCAUAUUUUCAUCCGUUUCCUUUUUCGGUGCCUUUUCUGCUUUUCUACUGCUGCGUGGCGCCGCGUACCUUUUCUGCUUUUUUUGGUUUGUUGGUGUAUGACGCAACGCUUCUUCCUUGCUUUUACCCCGCCACGAGGCCGUACAGUAUCCGUAACGUGCCGAUGCCAGGCUACACUGUAGCGCGGCUGUCAGGUCUCUGCGUUUCCCAUCUACUCUUGAUCAUGUCAAUCCAAGAACUAAACUCCUUUUUAAUCUGUAAAAUUAUCUGAAAUGACUAUACAGCACCGUGUAAAUCAACAUUAAAAGAUUGAAUUGACCUCUUCCAUGGCUUAUUGACGCAAUCCUUGCACUCAACGGUUCCCUGGUCCAUGUACAACCGAUGCCCACGAUAUGCGAUCGGAGAGGAGCCAUUGGUCUCAUUAAAAACAAUGAAUUC